GAUGUUGUGCGCCUAAGCGGGGGGUGUCAUUCUGGGGGAAGGAAAAUCGAGUCAAAGGAGUUACCUCUAUGCCAAGCUUUUCGAGAUAUGAGAUCGGGCUAUUUUCGUGUCCGUUCUUUUCUACAAUUUAAAAAAGAAAAGUAAAAAACAACAACAUUUGAGAGUAACGACCUUCAUUCGCUCAUCUGCUGGUGGACAAAUUCAACACCGUUGUGCAUGCACUAUUUCUCAGUGUGUUUACAAGUGAUUGAAAGCGUGCCAGCGAAGAGGGAAUAGGAUAAGCAAGGAAGGAGGGAUGGUGGACAAUUCCGGUAGCAGCAAGGCACAAAUGCCCAGCAUGUCUCAGGAGGGAGGUCUGGUAGGGGGCUAUCCUCAGGGGGCCACGGCAGGGGGCAUGAAGCUGGAGGCUGUCAUGGAGCAGCUGCAGCGCCAGCAGCAGGCCCGGCUGGAGAUGGAGCGCAAGGAGCGACGGCUACGUGAGGCCCACAUCAUGUACGCCCAGCAGGUAGCAGCCCAGCAGGCCAUCCUGGCUGCUGCCCGGGCUGGAGGGGCAGGCUUCAUGGCUAAGGGCCUGGCUGGAGUGGGGCCUGGAGCCGGGCUCAUGUCCAGGGUCUCCAACCAGAGUAGCGUGGACUCUGAGAGAGAGGACGAAGAGGACAGGGGUCGAGACUCUGGGGACGACGAGGAAGAGGAAGAGAUGAUGGAGGGAGAUGAAGGGAGCGAGGAGGACGAAGGGAGGGCUGGUGGGCUGGAGUACCUCCGCAAGCAGACCAUGGCUCUGCAGCAAGGUGCCUCCCGCUUGCCGGCACGGCAGUUUGGCAGUUACACAGCCUCAGCCCCCCUGCAGACCUCCUCGGCCCCCGUCAGAGUGAAGCAGGAGCCCGAUGAAAGUCUUUCCCCAGCUGGCCCCCACUCCGCCACCUCUCCCAACGGACAGGCUGACUGGAGCUUCGACGAUCCCUUCAAACAGAAUGGGAACGCAUCCUGGGGGGACGAGGCUGACAGUGGCAGAGGGGGAAGAGGAGAAGCCUCCAGAGACUUUGCCAAGCUGUAUGAGUUGGACAACGACCCCAACAGGAAGGAGUUCUUGGACGACCUCUUUACCUUCAUGCAGAAACGAGGGACCCCAGUCAACCGGAUCCCCAUCAUGGCCAAGCAGGUGCUGGACCUGUACAUGCUCUACAAGCUGGUGACGGAGAAGGGAGGCCUGGUGGAGGUCAUCAACAAGAAGAUCUGGAGGGAGAUCACCAAGGGCCUCAACCUGCCCACCUCCAUCACCAGCGCUGCCUUCACCCUCCGGACGCAGUAUAUGAAGUACCUCUACCCAUUCGAGUGUGAGAGGAAAGGUUUGAGUUCUCCUGGAGAGCUGCAGGCAGCCAUCGACAGUAAUCGCCGUGAAGGCCGGCGCCCCAGCUACAGCAGCAGCCUCUUCCGUUUCUCGCCCUCCCCCAGCACCGCGCCUCACAUCCUGACCUCUCCCAAGAUGCACCUGUCCACUCUGGGGGUCGGCGCCUCGGGAGGUCUCAAUGGCUUCCACGUCUCCCCUGGCCACUCCCUCAAGAAAGAAGACAUCCCCCCCUCCAUGCUGGCGGCGGCGGCGCGGCCCUCCAUGGCAGCGCUGGCUCUGGGGCAGCAGCAGGUGGCCGGCCUGGCACGGGCCGCCACGCUGGAGCAGCUGCGGGAGAAGUUGGAGACGGGCGUGGGCGAGGGUCCCGAGAGGAAGAUGGCCAGGCUGGCAGAGGAGCAGCAGAGACUGAUGCAGCAGGCCUUCCAGCACAACCUGCUGGCCAUGGCCUCCCAGGUGCCCAUGAACCUGCGUCUGGGCGCCCCCGCCAGAGAUGAAAAACAGGAUAUGUCUCUCAGCAUUUCCACCAAUGGAAACACCAGCAUCAGCGUGUCUGUGGAGGUCAAUGGCACACUCUACUCAGGAACCCUGUUUGCUCAGAAGGCUGGAGGUGGCGGAGGGACGGCCAUGUCAGCUGCUGUCCCUCCUGUAGCCAGCGCUAGCUUCAACUUCGCUGCCCCCUCGGCGCAGAGCCACAGUCCCACCUCUUCCUCAUCCUCCAAGGGGCCCGGCUCGGCCGAGCCAUCCACCAGCGGCUCACCUUAGCUGGGCCAGCUCUUGAACACGAUCCUCAGGCUUCUCGUCAAUCCCCAGGCCCAGCAGGAUUACAGAAAUCAUUAAGACAAAGAAACUGUUGCACAACAAAUACCUCAUCGCACCUGUCAACCUUGGCUGUCCAUCACAUGAGACCAUGUGUCCUCUUACACACACACACACACACACACCAGACAUGCACCUAUGCAUUUUAUUCCACAUACAAUCACACACUCAUGACACAGACACUCUUAUCCCAAAAAUAUAUGCUAAACACAAUCAAAAAUCCACAGCCAAAACCCAUUGACAGGUGUUCCACAACCGAACUUGAAGAGUUUUAUUAUUUAGGACUUCUGUUUGUUGCCAUGUUGUUGUCCUUUUGAUUUAGUGUUUUAGAUUUUUUUUGUUUUGUUUUAUUCUUUAUACAUACCUCUAAUCAAGUACCCUGCAGUGGCAUCUAUACCUCAGUUGGACUAUACUUAAAAACAUGAAUUAACGUAAUUUUUUAUUGUUUUUCAUCUUGUUAAAAUCAGGGGGAAUUCUUUUUUCAGCUUUUUGCAACGGAAA